ACACCACACAAAUGGACGCAGACUUGCAGAAGAACACCAUUUACAACUCAGCUUCAGCUCUUGAGGUUGUUGACGAUGGUUUUCGCAAAAACAUCGAUGACGACGGCCGUGAAAAACGAACAGGGACUUUGUUAACCGCGAGCGCACAUAUUAUUACGGCUGUCAUAGGAUCUGGAGUGUUGUCUUUGGCAUGGGCGAUUGCGCAACUCGGGUGGGUUGCCGGACCCGCCGUCCUCAUGGCGUUCUCAUUCAUAACUUACUUCACCUCUACCCUCCUUGCCGACUCCUACCGAACACCCGAUCCCGUCUCCGGCAAGCGUAACUACACUUACAUGGAUGUUGUUCGAGCUAAUCUAGGAGGGAAGAAGGUACAAUUAUGUGGAAUAGCUCAAUAUGUAAAUCUCGUGGGCGUGACCAUCGGAUACACGAUCACUGCUUCCAUCAGUAUGGUAGCUGUGAAAAAAUCGAACUGUUUUCAUGAAAAAGGACACGAUGCGCAAUGUAAACCAUCAAAUUAUCCGUAUAUGAUCCUAUUUGCUCUAAUUCAAGUGGUCUUAAGUCAGAUUCAGAAUUUUCAUAAGUUGUCGUGGCUGUCGAUAUUAGCGGCUGUAAUGUCUUUUGCUUACUCUUCGAUUGGACUCGGAUUAUCUAUCGCUAAAGUUGCAGAGGGAGGGCAUGUACGAACAAGCUUGACCGGAGUGGAAGUAGGAGUGGAUGUAACGGGUUCGGAGAAGAUCUGGAGAACAUUUCAAUCCAUCGGAGACAUUGCUUUUGCCUACGCGUAUUCUACUGUUCUUAUUGAGAUUCAAGACACUUUGAAAUCGUAUCCCCCGGAGAACAAGGUGAUGAAGAGAGCAUCGCUCGCCGGAGUCUCGACCACCACCUUAUUUUACGUCCUGUGUGGCUGCCUUGGCUAUGCCGCCUUCGGAAAUGACGCACCGGGCAACUUCCUAACUGGCUUCGGCUUCUACGAACCCUUUUGGCUCAUCGAUUUCGCCAAUGUAUGCAUCGCGAUUCACCUUAUCGGUGCAUACCAAGUCUUCUGUCAACCCUUAUUCGGGUUUGUGGAGAUGAAGUGUCGACAACAGUGGCCCGAUAGCAAGUUCAUAACAACCGAACAUAUUGUAAACCUUCCGUUUUUCGGAGAGUAUUACGUGAACAUGUUUAGGUUGGUUUGGAGAACAGCAUACGUGACUCUGACUGCAAUCGUGGCGAUGAUCUUUCCGUUCUUCAAUAGCUUCUUAGGGUUGAUAGGGGCGGGUUCGUUCUACCCGUUGACGGUUUAUUUUCCGAUCGAGAUGUACAUUGCUCGAGCCAAGAUACCAAAGUAUUCGUUCACAUGGGUGUGGUUAAAGAUACUGAGCUGGGUUUGUUUGGUGGUUUCGUUGGUUGCAGCCAUUGGUUCGGUGCAAGGAUUGUUGAUGGAUGUGAAGAAGUAUAAACCGUUUCAGACGGAGUAGAAGGUAGGUUUAUGUGUACGUUGGGUGUUGAAAAUUGUAAUAAGGUUUUAACAAUGUUUUGGUACAAGAUAUUGUGUAAGAACUUGUAUGUUGAAGAUGAUUUUAUAUAAAUUCCAAAUCAAAAAC